CCACAUUUCUCGUCGGCUAAGGAAACGAUGCUGUCCCACGCCUUCUAAUCCGGAGAAUUUUUCAACCUGUUAAUUAAAUUGUAUCCAAUCAUAAUCUCCAUGGAAGUGUAACCGUCAUUUCAACAUCCAUCCAAAAAGAACAACAGAACGUCUCGAGUGCGCACAGGAACGUCUGGGCUUUGACAGAGCUUUCGACCGAAGUACAGUAGCAAGUUAUCUUUGCCCUGACUCUGAACCGCUAGACAGUUUGUAGGCCAACUGCAAGCCUACCCACCGCACAGUGACAGGACUGUCUGUGUCGACUACUGCCCAGAUGCCCGGUGGAGGAUGCCUUCGCAACAACUAGACAUGGAGGUGAUGACCCCCCUCAUCGAGAACCCUGGAGGAGGGCAGGAGGAGGAGAACUCUGAAGGAGACCAGGAUCCAGAGCUGCUGCCUGUCAGACACCAGGAGCUGGGCAACAGCCACCAGGGCAUCACGUUUACUCAGGCUCUCAUCCACCUGCUGAAGGGAAACAUUGGGACUGGGUUGCUGGGUCUUCCCCUGGCAGUACGCAACGCAGGGGUCAUAGUGGGGCCUCUUUGCCUGGUGCUGAUGGGUGUGGUCUGCGUUCACUGUAUGCAUAUCCUGGUCCACUGUAGCCACCAUCUGUGUGAGAGGUUGAAGAGACCUCCCAUGGGGUACAGUGACACAGUGGCCUUCUCCAUGGAGCACAGCUCCUACCAGUGCUUCAGGAAGAGUGCCAGAUUUGGGAGGCACCUGGUCAACUUCUUCCUGGUGUUGACACAGCUGGGAUUCUGCAGUGCAUACUUUGUGUUCCUGGCAGAGAAUAUCAAACAGGUUGUUGAGGGCUACCAAGGUGUAAACAUCACCCUGGCAGAUGAAUCCCUGUCCUUCGCCAACACCUCCAUGGUGCCAGCCCUGGUCCCUCCACCCACCACGGUGCCCUCUGAGCCCCUGGUCCCUCUACCCACCACGGUGCCCUCUGAGCCCCUGGUCCCGCUACCCACCACGGUGCCCUCUGAGCCCCUGGUUCCUCUACCCACCACGGUGCCCUCUGAGCCCCUGGUCCCUCUACCCACCACGGUGCCCUCUGAGCCCUGGGCGCUGGACCUGCGUCUCUACAUGCUCUUCUUCCUGCCCUUCCUCAUCCUGCUGGUGUUCAUGAAGGACCUGAAGAACAUGGCCGUCCUGUCGUUGCUGGCCAACGUCUGCAUGGCCGUCAGCGUCAUCAUCAUCUUCCAGUACAUCACGACGGAUUUUGGGGACCUUCAGCGUCUCCCUCUCACUUCCCCCUUGGCCAAGUUCCCCUUCUUCUUCGGAACAGCCAUCUUCGCCUUCGAAGGCAUCGGAGUGGUUCUUCCUCUAGAGAACCAGAUGAAGGAACCGAAGCGGUUCCCCGUGGCUCUGAACAUCGGGAUGGGCAUCACCAUCGUCCUCUAUGUUGUCUUGGCAACGCUGGGCUACCUCCACUUUGGUGACGACAUCAAAGGGAGCAUAACCCUUAACCUUCCUCAUAACGCAUGGACCAAUCAGAUGGUGAAGAUCCUGUACUCCUUUGGAGUUUUUGUCAGCUUUGCCAUCCAGUUCUUCGUCCCGGCGGAGAUCAUGAUUCCCCCGGUCCAAGCAAGGCUACGGGAGAGCUGGAGGGCACCCUGUGAGAUGAUCCUCAGAGGCCUGCUCGUCUGCCUCACCUUCUCCUUUGCAGUGCUGAUCCCUCGUCUGGACUUGGUCAUCUCCCUGGUGGGUGCCGUGUCCAGCAGUGCCCUGGCCCUGGUCUUCCCCCCACUGGUGGAGCUCAUCACCUUCUCAGACCGACCGCUGAAGCCAGCCAUGUUGGUCAAGGACCUUCUCAUCGCUGUGGUGGGCUUCAUAGGGUUCCUGGCUGGGACCUACGUCACCCUGGCCGAGAUCGUCUCCCCAGAGGAGCCUCCGGACGUCAUCAGAGAAGCAGCUCAGAACCUGACUGUUGCUACUGCUGUGGCUGGGGCCUUGAGGAUGUCUGAGGAGCUAGGUUGGAACUGGACCACACCUGCUGCUGCUGCUGUGACCUUGGGAUGACCUUGGAUGACCUUAAAAUGACCUGUAGGCAUGGCUCCUAGGGCAGCAUGAGAUUAAAUGACGAGCAGACACUGUGUUCGCUUACAGAUUGUUUUUCAUAUAGUUGGGUGCUGGAUCCUUGUUUUGUCAUAUCUAUAGAAAAUGAAAUGGAAAGGAUCGUCCCUGACGACGAUCUGACAGGAAUGCUUGAGUUUGCUUCUGCACAGUGUAGUCAUAGGAACAUGAAAAAGUAGAACCAAACACACAGCAUAGAAACAUAGGAAAGAAACUGUACUGUACACAGCCCUAACCACUUAGGACCAUUUCAUAUGGAUGUUAUGGACUGCACAGACAUAGAACACCAUUUGUGGCACACAGAGUGUAUAAAAUGCACACACAUACACACACAAACGAGCAUAAACAUCCCCAACUAGCUUCACCCACAUAUCACCAGCUUCAGCACAUUGCACCGUGGUGAUCAGCGUUCUCUCUCCAUCUCUAGUAGGGCUAGUGUAACAUUUCCACUGCCUCAUCUCUAUCAGAGGGAAAAUCUAAUAAAAAACUAAAUCAUGAAUGUAUGAUGUCGCAGGGAAACAACAGCCCUUCUGUAUGCAGGUCUCACAGUACAUAAUCUGAAACCAUGUUCUCCUUGUUGUAUUGUUGGUGAAUCUAUAACCCCUAAUAUGUUUUUUCAACCCUUGGGGAGUGGGGACUGUAUCCGCUACCAUCUCUUAUGAUCGACAAGAACCUUUUAAAAUCAGAUCGGCAGUUACUAGCCUCAAUUCCGGCUUCAACUUAGACUUCGACUCAUCUGCCCUGGGCUUUUUGUGUACCUCCGACCCAAUCUUCAUGCUACCCAAUGGGAAACACAGGCGAAAAAGAGGCAGAAGUGCGGGCGUGCUGGUGAGGUGAAGGCAAAACCAAAACCGGCCUUGCAGCUUGUCUUCUCCUCUGGUUUAGUGUCUGUAGGAGCUAUACAGAUAGGAACACUAUCGAAAACCAAGAGACUCAGAGUCCUGCCCCUUCAUUCCCUGCCCCAUGUUCUUGACUUUUGGCCUUUGAACUGUUGACCUGACCUGUCAUGAACUCAUGAACUCCACAAGGUCAACCUGAUCUGUCAUGAACUCAUUAGUUCCCCAAGGUCAGACUGAUCUGUCAUGUACUCCCCAAGGUCAACCUGAUCUGUCAUGAACUCAUGAACUCCCCAAGGUCAACCUGACCUGUCAUGAACUCAUGAACUCCCCAAGGUCAACCUCACCUGUCAUGAACUCAUGAACUCCCCAAGGUCAACCUGACCUGUCAUGAACUCAUGAACUCCCCAAGGUCGUGCUCUAUAGACAUGUAUGCAUAACAUUAAUAUACCCUUUUACAGGAACAUACACUUUCUCAUAGACAAAUCAAUCAAGGGUCUUUGAUAUGUAAACGGCCAAGAUUAGAUUGCAACAUUAUAGAUGCCUGCUGUUGGCAACUAAGCUUUGUUUGUGGCUACCUGUCUACCUUGGCUAUAUUUAACCAGGACUAAACCAAUACUCAAUUAUAAAAAAAACUGGUUGAAUCAACGUUGUUUCCACGUCAUUUGAACAAAGAAAUCCAAUG